AUGGGGAAGUUAGGGUACCGUUGUGAUUACUCUGAUCGUGCGUGGAAUGCGAUUAUCAGCGAGAACAACCGUGCCAACAUUGAAGUGCCCCAACGAACGAAGCGGUACAAGCACUCAAGAUCGGACAAUUUCGACGACAUUGAGAAAAGCGUUCUAGCCACGUUCAUGUGCCCAGUAGGACCACCCGGACCCCGAGGAAGACCCGGAACACCGGGAGAACCUGGUCCUCCAGGUGAACAAGGACAGCCGGGUCUCAACGGCAAGGGCAUUAUGCCGAACACUCCUCGAGGAUGUGUGGUUUGUCCCAUGGGCCCAAUAGGACCACCUGGACCUGAAGGACCACGAGGAGCUCCUGGUCGAAACGGAUGGAUCGGCAGUGAAGGUAGAGCCGGACGCCAUGGCGACAUGGGCCCUGUCGGUCCACCAGGAGACAAAGGAGAAGAGGGUCCACGUGGCGAGCCAGGAUACCCGGGUGUCGCUGGACGACUUGGAUUCCGUGGAAAGGGUCUACCUGGUCCACAAGGUCCACUGGGGCAUGCCCGGUGA